AUGUCAAAUGUAUAUUUCUAGGAACCACCCACCUCUGGAAAGGUCAUUCUUAAAACUAAUUAUGGUAUCGUCUUAAAUUGCUUAACCUCUAUUCAGGUGAUAUUGAAAUAGAACUUUGGGCUAAUGAGACACCCAGGACUUGCAGGAAUUUUAUCUAGCUUUUUUAUGGUUUAGGGAGGAGAUCCCACAGGCGCUGGCUAGGGAGGUACAUCAAUAUAUGGGAAGGAAUUUUCAGAUGAAUUCCACUCUCGUUUAAAGUUUUCUCAUAGAGGCAUUGUAGCUAUGGCAAACAAGAACUCUCCUAAUACAAAUCAAAGUCAGUUCUUUAUGACUGUUGAUGCCUGUGUGUGGCUUGACAACAAGCACACUAUCUUUGGCAAAGUUGAGGGCAAUACAAUAUAUAACUUGCUGAAGAUCAGUGAAUUGGAAACUAACCCUAAAUCUAACCGUCCAAUAUGCGAUCCUAUCCCAAUGAUUAAAAGAGUUGAAAUCACUUUAAACCCUUUCUCGGAGAUCGUACCUCGUAACCUGACCUUGAGUGAUAAAUAUGAAGGGAACGAGGAAAGAAUGAAAUCAGAUGAAUAGUCUAAAUAGUCUAGCAAUAAAGGGAAAUUCAAAGUCCCAGCAGCAAAGAUAGAAGCUAAUGUGAUUAAGAAUAAGAAUCUACUAUCUUUUGAGGAAGAUUUCGAAGAAAAAGAGCCAGCUUAAGUCAGUAAAUUCCGCCAAAAUAAGAUGAAGUCCUCGCAUGAUGUGCUUCAUAAUGAUAGUUAGCUUUCCAAAUAAACUGCUAUCUCCUAGGAGUAGUUAGACGAGUAAAAGCGCAGAAAAGAGUAGCUGGAAAAGUCAAAGAGUCAGCUUUUAUAGAAUAUCAAGGAAAAGUAGCAAUCAAAUAUGGUAGAAAUAAAUUAAAAUUAAGAUGAGAUGGAUCAUAUGAAAACUGAUAAAGUGGCAGGACACCUUAAGACUUAAUAACUAAUGAGUGCUCAUCAAAGUAAGCCAGUCAAUCUUAAUAAAGAACUGGCUAAGAUUGAGAAAGAGGAUAAGAGGCGAAAGAGAUCCAGAUCUAGAUCAUAAGAUGCAUCACCUACUUCACGAGCACUGAAAAGAGCAGCUGAGAAGACGAGAAAAGGCCCAGCCAGACGUAUUAUGGCCUCUUCAAACCAUUACAAGAGAUCAUCUAGUAAAGAAGAUGAUAGCUCUUCAAGUGAUGAUAGCUAUUCUAAUUUAGACAAGGGACCCACAGAAGAGGAGCAGAAAGCAUUGGAAAAGAGAAGAGAGGAAUAUAACAAGAUGCGCUUUGAACUUCUUAAGUUCAAUUAAAACAAGAUUGGUACCCUGCUGGAUGAGUAAAACCUAGAAGUGUAGGCUCGUGUAUCUGCACUUGACCUGCAGCGGCAGAAGUACAUUAGACAGUAGAAGAUGACUAAGAACCGUGAGAAUGAGACCUUGGCAAAGCUUAAUGACUUUUCGUCUAAGAUUAAAUCCAAGGAGGUAAGAGAGGACAAUGCAAGCUGGAUGAAUAACAAACUGAGGUUUCACAUUGAUUCUGCAAAGGCUUACGAAGUGAACAAAGCAGUGAAUCAGAUGGAGUAGCAAGCUAAUGCGUUUGAAAGAUUCACGCUAGGAGGCAAUGAGAAUAAGAAGUAUGAUCAAGCUUAUAAGAAUGUGAAGAGACCUGAUCUAGGAGAUGAUAUGGUCUAAGGUUUGAAUCUGGAGGAAUUAGUCAGUAUGAAUGAGUUGAUUAGCCUUGCAACUAAGAACUAGUAAAUUAAGCGGGAAAAUGAGUUAAUAAAGUACAAUCUAAAUAAUGAAAACCAUGAAUGUAAUAAUAAAGAAGAUGAAGUAGAUUGA